CGCUUUCAAUGAAAACUGCGUUUUCUGGCACAUCAGAAGUUCACGUCGAGACUCUGCGCGUCUACAGCAUUUCUCACAGCCGCUCUCAUGAGUCCGAUGAGUCUUUCAGAUAUAUAGCAUGCAAAUCCAAGCAUCAGGCGUUAUUCCUUCUCGCACCCGUUUCUCCUCGAAUUCGUUCCCCAUCGAGGUCAAGUCCUGACCAACAUCAUGUUCCUCACAAUGAGCACCCCAAACCCUCGCGAGGCCACCUUCACGAACGAUAGCGGCCAGACUCUCUAUAAGUGCUAGACGUCGUCCGGGUUUCGGAACAAAGUGACAAAGAUCUUCAAGAUCACGCCCAAUGCGGACCGCCUGGACAUGUGUGACCAGUUCACGCUCUUCGCUGAGAUCGAGUGGCACAUCAUACAGUCGUCCAAGUUCCGGUUUAAUGGACAGGAAGUUACCUCGAAGGAGUAUAUACCCGGACAUAAAAUCAAGUGGAAUCGCGACUUUGCAGGGCCUGAUGGUCGAUCAUAUACAUGGGUUGGAGACAUGUAUAUCUCCAAGUUGAAGUUGAAUGAGGGCUCGAACCCGCUGAUCGCCAAAUAUCAACGCUCGAACAAGGGGAUUAUAGGAGAGAAGCGGAGUGCUGGCCUGGAAGUCUUCGAGGAGGGCUACCACAUGUUGGAUAUCAUCGUGAUGACAUUCGUCUACGUUGAGAAGCUUCGGAAAGACUACGAGACCUCUGUAUAUGUUGCCGCAGCUAGUGGUUGA